UUGUAUUUGUAAAGCACAAAAUAAAGUUGAUUUGUGCAAAACAUAUUAGACCCAAUUCAAUUCAGCAAACUAAAUUUACUUACUUCAGGCUUUUUUUUAGCUUUAACUUUAGGCUUUAGGAUUUAUUUUACACUAGAAUUUUUAUUUUUAGCACGAGAAAAAAGUUAAUUGUGAGAUAUAAUUAAAAUAAAUCAUCUGAAUCAUGAUAGAACUUCCUCGUAUUACACGAGCCUUAAGGGCUCACACACAGCUUGAUAAACCUCGAUGCUUGAAACCUCCAAAUGAUGAAGCAAACUUAAUAUUAUUAACUAAAAAUUUACAAAGAUUCAAAUCAUUCAGCGAUAUAUGCACAUACAUACAACAUAAUGAACCCAAUACAGCUGAGCUACUGAAUCUACUGAGACAACUAAAAGAUGCAUGCAAACUACUCACGGGUGAUCAGCCAGACGAUAUCAUUGAGGACGCUGCAGUGCUAACAUUGAGAAUGUUUCUUGAUCAAGACAUAGUGAUGCUUAAACAUCUUUCACAGUUGAGGCAAACAUUUGGAUCUGCCGCAUCCACUACUGUUAAUAAAAUUUGUGAGAUAGUAAAUCAAAUAUCAAAUGAUAUAUCUGAAGACACAAAAGAAUACAUUAGAUCGGAAACAAAUGGAACAGAUAAAGACAAUUUUAAAAUUUGGGGCGAAAAUAUCCAAUGUUAUUACAUUCCGUAUAAACCUCCAAAAAGAUUAUUAAGCAAAUUAACAAAGAAACCGGCUACAGCAAGUGCCUUUGUAGAAGAUUUCUCAAUGAAAUACAACAAGGAAAAUGUUAAAGUUAAUGGUUUUCAAUCACAGAGUACAACCAGGAAGACAGAACAAGAACCUAAGUUUGGGAAAACAUGGCUAGAAACUAAAGUAAAGGCACUAUAUGAAAAUGAAUUAGGAAUGUCAAGUUCAGAUAUAUUACAAUCUAUGAUAACAUUCCUGAAUUCUCCAAGAAGUAAUGAUGAGCUGCAGAACGACCUCUUCGAACUAUUGGGCUUUGAUAAAUUUGAGUUUAUACAAGAGACACUCGAACAUAGGCGGGACAUUAUAAAUAGCCUGAAGACGCCCACACCACAGCCUAGCAUAACAGAAAUUGCAGCUAUUUUACCUGAAAACAAAAUGCCACAGUACCUCUGCCAAGUAUCUGUGCUUUCUGAACAAGAGAAGAUGCUUGCCAAAUUGGUACGGAAGGAAGAAAAGAAGGCCAAGAAUUCUAGGAAAAAUGACAAUGAUGAUGAUGAUGAUCAGGAAAUUAAUAUAUCACAAUUAAGAGCAAAGAGAAUAGCAGAACUAUCAAAGCCGGUUGUACCGUUUUCGGCAUCGUCGCGAUUGUCCAACACCGACCCGAUUCUACAGAGGAUAUCGUACUUUCAAACUAAAGUCCAAUACCCGAACGUGUACGACUCUUCGAUUGAUGCAAAAAAUGCGGCAGGUUUUGUGUCCGGUUUAAAACUAAUACUCCCCGAGAACGCUGCGAGAAAAGAUCUCAAAGAAUAUGAAGAAGUCACAAUACCGAAGAACGAUCCGCCUCCAUUAGAGAUCGGAAACAAACGAAUUCCUAUAUCCGCCAUGGACGAGAUUGGUCAAAUGGCAUUUGAAAACAUAAAAGAGCUGAAUCGUAUACAGUCGGUGGUGUUCCAAACGGCCUACAAUACUAAUGAGAAUCUCCUUAUAUGCGCACCGACCGGCGCCGGUAAAACUAACAUCGCUCUACUGACGGUUGUCCAUCAAAUAAAACAGCACAUCGAGAACAGUGUUAUUAUGAAAAAUAAAUUCAAGAUUAUCUACAUAGCUCCUAUGAAAGCUCUUGCUUCAGAAAUGACAGCUAGCUUUGGCAAACGACUCAAAGGUCUAGGCAUUCUGGUCCGCGAACUGACGGGCGACAUGAAGUUGACCAAGAGUGAAGUACAGCAGACUCAGAUGAUCGUCACCACGCCCGAGAAAUGGGACGUCGUCACACGGAAGGGAGCCACUGACACAGAGCUGGCGUCAAUAGUAAAGCUGAUAAUCAUCGACGAGGUGCAUCUCUUGCACGGCGAUAGGGGACCGAUAGUGGAGGCCAUAGUCGCCAGGACAUUACGACAAGUCGAAUCAACUCAAAACAUGAUACGAAUCGUUGGAUUGUCUGCUACAUUACCUAAUUACCUCGAUGUUGCCAGGUUCUUGAGAGUUAAUCCGUAUAUCGGAUUAUUCUUCUUCGACUCUCGAUUCAGGCCCGUACCAUUGGAACAACAGUUUAUUGGUGUUAAAGAAGUCGGCAGUGGAGGAGGCGCUCACCUGCGUCAGAUGCAAAUAAUGAAUGAGGUGUGCUACGAUAAAGCCGUCGAAAUGGUGCAAAAAGGACAUCAAGUGAUGGUGUUCGUGCACGCUAGGAACGCAACUCACCAAACUGCGCUGAUAUUGAAGGAACUAGCACAGAAGAAGGGUCAUUUGAAACAUUUCGAACCGGAAGACACGGGGGGCUUCCUCAAAGCCAAGAAGUCCAUAAGUAGCAGCCCUAACAGACAACUGGGGGAGUUGUUUGCGAGCGGGUUCGCUUGUCAUCACGCCGGAAUGUUGAGAAGCGAUAGGAACAUGGUGGAGAAAUAUUUCGCCGAAGGAUACAUUAGGGUAUUAGUUUGCACGUCGACGUUAGCUUGGGGUGUCAAUUUACCAGCGCACGCUGUUAUUAUAAGGGGCACGGAGAUCUACGAUCAAAGCCACGGUACUUUCGUGGACCUAAGCAUACUGGAUGUGCUACAAAUAUUCGGUAGGGCCGGCCGGCCGCAGUUCGACACGUCCGGUACCGGAAUCAUAAUAACUACGCACGACAAACUGACCCACUACCUCAAGUCGAUGACGAACCAGUUCCCCAUCGAGAGCAACUUCAUCAAUUUGCUGGCCGAUAACCUCAAUGCUGAGGUGGCGCUCGGCACUGUGACAAACAUCGAUGAGGCCGUUGAAUGGUUGAGCUAUACGUACUUGUUCGUGAGAAUGAGAAUAAAUCCCCAGGUUUACGGUUUAACCUACAGCGACGUGCAAGAGGAACCGAUGCUGGAGACUAAACGUCGCGAACUAAUCACCGCGGCCGCCAUGCAGCUAGACAAGACCCACAUGAUCAGGUUCAACGAACGCACCGGGGAUUUGAACGUCACCGAUCUCGGUCGCACGGCGAGUCACUACUACAUAACGUGUGAAACCAUGGAGGUGUUCAACUCUAUGGUGCGGAAGUCGAUGACGCAGGGCUACGUGCUGGAGAUGCUGACGAGGUGCUCCGACUUCCAACAGCUUAAAGUUAGAAAAGAAGAGUUGACAGAACUAUGGCAACUCAAAGAUAAAUACUGCGAAUUGCGUAUAGAAGAUCCACCGGAGGACAUACAUUGGAAGAUCAACAUACUGUUGCAAACUUAUCUGUCGAGAGGACGCAUCAAUGGUUCGUCUUUGCAGUCAGAUCUCAAUUAUAUCAGUCAGAACGCCGUCCGAAUAAUACGGGCGCUCUUCGAAAUAACUCUACGCAAGAACAACGCGUACAUGGCCGGCUUGUAUCUGAAGAUGGCUAAAAUGCUCGAGCUUCAGCAGUGGGACUUCUACAGCGACAUGAGACAGUUCAACUGCUUCACGAACGAGACCUUAAAGUACAUCGAGUACCCGAUGCUGAAGCCGGAUCAGAUCAGGGAUAUGGAUUGGAAAGAGUUAGGAGAUCUGAUAAGGAACCCAAAGAACGCGCGUCACAUGAAAAAAUGCGCCGACGAAUUUCCGUUACUUGAAAUGGAAGCGACUCUGCAUCCGAUAACGAGAACAGUGUUAAGGAUACGUCUCACGAUCACGCCUAACUUCAAAUGGAACGACAAGUACCACGGCAAAGCCCCUGAGGCCUUCUGGAUAUGGGUCGAGGAUCCCGAGAGCGACAUCAUGUAUUACCACGAAUAUUUUCUCAUCACCAAGAAACAGGUAAUCAUGAACGAGCCACAAGAGUUGAUUAUAACGAUUCCAAUUCAAGAACCUUUGCCGCCACAGUACUACAUCAGAGCGACGUCAGAAAGAUGGGUCGGCUCAGAGAGCGUGCUGCCGCUGACGUUCCAACAUUUGAUCCUACCUGAAACUCAUCCACCUCACACGGACCUGUUGGAACUGCAACCGUUACCGGUGACGGCCUUGAACAACCCAUCGUACGAGAUGCUAUACAAUUUCACGCAUUUCAAUCCGAUACAGACGCAAAUAUUUCACUGUUUAUACCACACCGACAACAACGUGCUGCUGGGCGCGCCGACCGGCUCGGGCAAGACCAUCGUGGCCGAGAUAGCCAUGUUCAGGGUGUUCAACGAGUACCCUGGCUGUAAGGUGGUAUAUAUAGCGCCCUUAAAGGCUCUCGUCAAAGAAAGAAUAAAAGAUUGGAAGGUGCGUCUCGAAGAAAAAAUGAACAAGAAAGUGGUAGAGCUGACAGGCGACGUGACCCCGGACAUCAGAGCUGUAAAGAGUUCGCACGUCAUCGUGACUACCCCGGAGAAAUGGGACGGGAUCAGUCGGUCGUGGCAGACGAGGAACUACGUGAAAGAUGUAGCCCUCAUAGUUAUAGACGAGAUACAUCUCCUGGGAGAGGACAGAGGACCCGUACUUGAAGUCAUCGUGUCCAGAACGAAUUUCAUCCAGUCCCACACUUCGCGUCGAUUACGCAUCAUCGGCUUGUCGACUGCGCUGGCCAACGCCAAGGACCUCGCCAACUGGCUCAAUAUCGGAGAGAUGGGCUUGUAUAAUUUUAGGCCAUCAGUGCGACCAGUUCCUUUGGAGGUGCACAUAUCGGGGCACCCGGGUCGGCAUUACUGCCCGCGAAUGAUGACCAUGAACAAGCCGACGUUCCAAGCUAUACGCACGCAUUCGCCGGCCGCGCCCGCACUCGUGUUCGUGUCCAGUCGACGCCAGACAAGAUUAACCGCACUCGACUUAAUCGCGUAUCUGGCAGCCGAAGAGAACCCCAAACAAUGGCUCCAUAUGCAAGAGUCCGAAAUGGAACAAAUCCUAUCGAACAUUCGAGAGUCUAACCUGAAACUCACCUUAGCCUUCGGUAUCGGUAUACACCACGCCGGCUUGCACGAAAGGGAUCGAAAUACUGUUGAAGAGCUUUUCAUUAAUCAAAAGAUACAGGUUUUGAUUUGCACUGCCACGCUCGCCUGGGGCGUGAACUUUCCCGCGCAUUUGGUCGUCAUCAAGGGCACAGAGUACUACGACGGAAAACAGAAGCGUUACGUCGACAUGCCGAUCACCGACGUGCUGCAGAUGAUGGGCCGGGCGGGGCGGCCGCAGUUCGACAACGAAGGCGUCGCCGUCGUACUAGUUCACGACCAGAAGAAGAAUUUCUAUAAGAAGUUCUUAUACGAACCGUUCCCGGUCGAGUCGAGUCUGCUCGAAGUGUUAGCGGAUCAUUUGAACGCUGAGAUCGUCGCCGGCACGGUGCAAACGAAACAAGACAUCCUAGAUUAUUUGACGUGGACGUAUUUCUUCCGGAGGCUACUAAAAAAUCCCUCGUAUUACAAUUUGGAGAGUUUGGAGCCGCAGGACGUGAACCAUUUCCUGUCGGGUCUCGUCCAAACUUCACUGGACGCUUUGUCCGCGGCCUUUUGUGUGGAAAUCGAAGAGGAUGAACGUACAGUCCACAGCACGUGGAUGGGUCGCAUCGCGUCGUAUUACUAUCUGUCGCACAGGACAAUGGCUCAUUUCUCAAAGAAUCUAAACGGUAAUAUGAACGUGGAUGAUCUGUUAAGGGUAUUGUCGGAUUCUGAAGAAUACGCUACUCUACCAGUUCGACAUAACGAGGAUCUGCUUAACGGGGAGCUAUCGCAGCAAUGUCGUUUGCCGGUCGACGCUCUGUCCCUGGACUCAUCAAACGUAAAAGCGUUCUUGUUGCUACAGGCGCACAUGACCCGGAUAACUUUACCGAACUCGGAUUAUUUGACGGACACGAAAUCUGUUUUAGAUCAAACGAUCAGGAUUUUACAGGCAAUGAUAGAUACAUCAGCAGAGAACGGCUGGCUGUCCGUUUGUCUGUCAUGCCAGACGUUGAUGCAGUGCAUUAUACAGGCGCGAUGGCCGUCAGACUCUCCCUUGACCACCCUCCCGCACAUUGAAUCCCAACAUCUAUACUUGUUCUUACACUUAACUAAAGACAGCAAGAAGCCUUGCAUGAUGCUUAACGGUCUGAAAGUUAGCUGCAUGCGAAACUACGAGUUACUUGCUAAGUAUUUGAGGAAAGAGUUCGAAGAGAAUCAGAUUCAACAGAUACACAGGGCGAUAUGCGACCUACCAACUACGGACAUAAAGUUGCACGUCCGCGGUCUAUGGUUCGACGCUGAUCAUGAACAAGACAAACGGAUCACGCAACCUCCCGCCCGGGAUCAGUGGAUGCCUUUGCAUGCUGACCAGGAAUAUACCCUGCUAUUGGAUAUGCAACGUAGAGGCGGCAAUCCGAACAACGUGCUGUGUCCGAGGUUCCCGCGCGGCAAGAACGAGGGCUGGUUCGUGACGCUCGGCACCGUGGACGACGGAGAGCUGCACGCCUUGAAACGGGUCCCGCCCAGAGGAACGGCACAGCUUACAUUCUAUACGCCUUCUCGGAUUGGGCGUAUAAUAUAUACUGUAUAUAUUAUGAGUGACAGCUACAUGGGCUUAGACCAACAAUACGAUUUACAAUUUGAAAUAAUAGAUGCAAUGCCGUCUGAAAACGUAGAUAAAGUGUAUGACACUAUUGAAAAAACAUUAAUCGAAUGAUUUUGUAUUAAAAUAAAUUAUUUAUACCAUU